AAAAAUAAAAAAUAAAAAAGUGUAGCGUAGAAAGAGUCCAAUUCUAUUUUCUACCUACACCGGUUCUAAACUCCCGAUCAGUUUAUCUUCUAACACCACUACCUCUCAUCUAAUAAUUACACGGAUUAGAUUAGCUAAAGCUAGGGCUUUUAAUGAUUUAAUUAAAAAAUGAGAUCCAUUGAAUCCAUAGUGGCGGAGCUACCACCGUCUUCUUCCGCAACACCGGCAGAGAGCGGCGGCGGCGGCGGUUGGUUGUACGGUUGUCUUGUAGAGUGUCAUGGUUUAUGGCAUAAUGUGUUGAUGAUAGUGCCUUCAGCACUGUUUGUUUUGUAUUUGGGUUCACAAGCUAAGAGAAGCUUCUCCAAGGUUUCUAGUGGUAGAUCGCAUGUUGUAGCUGCUCUUUAUGCCAUUCUCUGGCUUGUUAGUAUCUUCAAUUUGGUCUGGUCCUCUCUUCAGGCAUGGGAGUGUGCUCCAGGGAAGCAAUUUGUGUGGAGUGUCAUCUCCUUGUUCACAACAUCUGGCAUGCUAUUUCUUGAAGUAAGCUUGAUAGCCUUUCUACUUCAAGGGAACCAUGCAAGUGGACGUGAGGCUUUAACACAAACUUUUCUAAUCUCAGCACUUGUAGUUGGAUUGGAUAUGCUUCUCAAGGGGAUCUACCUAUUUGGAUUUGGUAUUCAGUUGUUUGAUGUUAGCAACAAUGGCUCACAAUGGGCCUUAUGGGUUGUUCACAAGUUGCUGCUAACUGGAGUAUAUGGCCUCAUCUUUUUUAUGUAUCGAUCUAGAUGGAGAGAAAGGUUGCCAGCAAGACCUGCAUUCCAGAACUAUAUUUCCAUCAUGUUUUGCUUAAAUGCGACUGCUUUGAUUGCAUGUGCACUUGCAGCACAUGGCGCUGGAUUUGGAUUAUGGUUGUACAAUAUCACGGUCAUCUGCUACCACGCCAUGUACCUUCCCCUUCUGUAUGUUACUUUUCUGGCCGACUUUCUCCAGGAGGAUGAUUUGCAUCUGGAGAAUGUAUACUACUCAGAAAUGAAAGAUGCUGGCUUCUUUGAUGUCGAUUGGGAGUAAUUCAGCAGGCAUAAUGAGGUGAAUUUGAAGCUGUAAAUGUGUAAAUAUGUACUAGUAACAUUUUAGGAAAUUCAGAAAAUAAAAAAAUUAAU